CGCGUCGCAUCGCAGAGCGGUGUUCAGCACGGAAAGCCAGCAACGCACGACCCAGCGCAGAGCUCACCUGGCCUCGCCGAUAUAUUUCUGUUUUCCUCUUCUCGGACCGAAGAAGUGUGGACCGACGGAGAGCCCCGACGUCACCAUGCCAGGUAGAGAGUGAAGGGGUUUGGGUCUUGAGGAGGAGGGGAGUAACACUGCGGGCGUGCUUGGGGUGGCCUCUCCAUCGCGGUGAACACCUUUCGGGCUCGGAGCGCGCUCGGACGCACGUAAGAUGAUGGACGGCUGGCCGCCGCUGCUGCUGCUGGCUCUCCUCGCCAUUGCGGGAGGUGGCCUCGGGGCAGACACAGAGGAGCGGUUGGUAGAGCAUCUCCUAAACCCAGCCCACUACAACAAACUGAUCCGUCCUGCGACUAAUGGCUCUGAGCUGGUUACUGUGCAGCUGAUGGUGUCGUUGGCCCAACUCAUCAGCGUGCAUGAAAGAGAACAGGUGAUGACCACCAAUGUCUGGCUAACACAGGAGUGGCAGGACUAUCGUCUGACUUGGGUCCCAGAGGAGUUUGAUGGAAUGUUGAAGGUCAGGCUGCCCUCAAAACACAUCUGGCUGCCUGAUGUGGUGCUCUACAACAAUGCUGAUGGGGUAUAUGAGGUGUCGUUCUACUCCAACGCGGUGGUCUCCUACGAUGGCAGUAUCUUUUGGUUGCCCCCAGCCAUCUAUAAGUCAGCCUGUAAGAUCGAGGUCAAGCACUUCCCCUUUGACCAGCAGAACUGCACUCUGCGCUUCCGCUCCUGGACUUACGACCGCACUGAGAUCGACCUGGUACUCCGUGCUGACGUGGCCAGCAUGGACGACUUUACGCCCAGUGGGGAGUGGGACAUCAUUGCCCUGCCUGGUAGACGAAACGAGAACCCAGCUGACCCCACUUAUGUGGACAUCACGUAUGACUUCAUCAUUCGCAGGAAGCCUCUUUUUUACACCAUCAACCUCAUCAUCCCAUGUGUGCUCAUCACCUCGCUGGCAAUCCUGGUCUUCUACCUGCCCUCUGACUGUGGAGAGAAGAUGACGCUCUGCAUCUCCGUGCUGCUGGCUCUCACUGUGUUUUUGCUGCUGAUCUCUAAGAUUGUCCCACCCACUUCAUUAGACGUUCCCCUUGUGGGGAAGUACCUGAUGUUCACAAUGGUCCUAGUCACUUUCUCUAUCGUCACCAGUGUGUGUGUGCUCAACGUACACCACCGCUCGCCCACCACACACACCAUGCCCCCUUGGGUUAAACUGGUGUUCCUCAACAAGCUUCCUGCCUUACUCUUCAUGCGCCAGCCCAGGAACAGCUGUGAGCGCCAGCGGCUGCGCCAAAGAAGGAGGGCCCAGGAACAGAAGGAGGGUGGCCGCAGCGGGGAGGCAGGGGCUUUGAUGGUGGGGCUCGGGCUAGGCAGUGCUGGCGGGAAUGGAGGGGCAACAUCCACAGGGAUGUUUGGCAAGGAGGACAGUGACCCUUGUACCUGCUAUGUGAACCGGGCAUCUGUUAAACAGUUUGGAGGGGAUCUGGGAGGCGCAGGGGGAUCCAUGGAUGGUCUGAACAGGGUUAGAGAGGGCCGGGACGGGAGCUCUGGAAACCUGCCGCGAGGGAAGCAAGCAACAGGAGGUCCUGCUCUGACUCAGGCCCUCCUGGCUCAAGCCUGUCCAGGCUUUGAGGAGGCUGUAGAAGGAGUACGCUUUAUCGCCAACCACAUGAAGAGUGAAGAUGAUGAUCAGAGUGUGAGCGAGGACUGGAAGUACGUUGCCAUGGUGAUCGACCGCCUCUUCCUGUGGAUCUUUGUGUUUGUGUGCGUGUUCGGCACAGUGGGCAUGUUCAUGCAGCCGCUCUUCCAGAAUUACACAGCCAAGACCAUCACCAGCUCGCCGGGCUGACCAUUCCCAGGCUGCGAACACAAUGAUGGACAGCCCCCCGACCAAUCAGCACAGCAGGACAUGGGCUGGAGGUGGGAGGGGGGCGGGUCUGGGUUUUAUUGUGUCUAUUAAACUGGAACCAGAACUGGAAUUGAACAGCAAUCACGCCCAUUACCUUUAUAGUAACGUUUUUUGCAACGAACAAUGUUUUUUCUUGUAUGAAGAAAAAAAAGGAAAACACUACCAUACUUCUACCUGCAGUUUUUUGUCCAGAUGUUUAAUGGACUGACCUUCCCUUUCUGGUGGAAAGGUCCCUCCCUGCUCUCCCCUUCAGCCAGUCAGGGAGCGAGGAUGCUCUGAUUUAGUCCUUGUUGAACCUCACAGCAGCCAAUUUUCCGCUCCACACUGACUGCUUAAUUGAUACAUGACAUGCCCGCCUUCAAGUAUGACAUUACUCAUUCACAAUUUUGACUGAUGUCAGAGGGAGCUAAUCAGAAAGGGAAGGGAGGUUCAUAUCAAGGUUCUUAUACAUUUAUUUUAUGUUUUCAGAAAUCCACUACGUCAGUGAACUAAUUCAGUAUAUUUUAUCAUAGUGUAGCAGCUUACCACAGUAUAGCAUUAGGAAUAUAUUAUUAAGAUUUCUUAUUAUGUGUUAGCUCAUCUGUUGCUGGUAGGGAGGCUGCCGUGUGUUGUAUGAUUGUAUAGAUUAAACAAGAAUGUGACAUAAACUCUACACAGCCUGUGAUGUGCACACAAUAUACACAACAUGUGUACAAGCAACAGAUUGUGGAGGAAAAUACAUAGAGGGGACUUGAAUAUAAGAAAGAGCCAGGUUGCAUUAUUAGAUGCAAAGAAAAGGGAUAAAGUAAUAGAUUAUGCAUGGACAGUUUUUUGCUUAGAAGCUGUGCACAUUAAGUGUAGAACAGCAGCAGUCGGCUAUGCCAGAGUGCACAGCUGCAAUGAGAUGAAGCUAGCUCCUGAGAAACUAAGGAAUCUGAACAAAGAUGGUGGAUAGACCGUCUAUAUGAUGGACUGUGGGAAAUUAUUUCUCCAAGAUAGAGUAUUUAUGGAGCAAAGGUCAGUAUUGGGAAAAGUAACAUGUAAAUCAAAUUAUAUUGAUGGAAGGAUGGGAAUUCUAUCAUGGAAAUGAAGCUAUUAUGUGUAUUAAUAUGUAAUUUCAUAUUUCAGUAUGUAAUGUUCAGAGCAUAUUUAUACAUGUAUGCGUUUGAGUGUGUGUGUGUAAGUGUGUGUGUGUAAGUGUGUGUGUGUGUGUGUGUGUGUGUGUGUGUGUGUGUGUAUAUGCGUGUAUGCGUGCCCCAUACCCCAACGCAUUAUCACAUCUGUCAGAAACAAUGUUCAGAGGAGCGUACUGUAUGUGUGUCUCCCCCUCCCUUCUAUUUAUCUGUGGCAACCUCUCUCUAAUUCUCUCUCGUUUAUCUGGUCUUCCAUGGACAAACACAUUUCUGACAUUUAGUCCAGUUAGAAAAAAUAAUUACCUACAUUCUCUAAACAUAUUGUCAUUUCGGCAGUUUUCCUUUUCAUCGUGGACUGGCUCAUAUGUCUUAUUUCCACACUCUUCCCUGACAACCAAGUGAGAAGCAAAAUGGCUUUUGAGGCAGACAGGGAAUGGAGGAUGAAAUCAAUUUUCAAUAAUGGAGAUGAAUGUCAAAAAGGUAUAGGGCAAUACAUGAGAGUUAAUAGUACAAAUGUUUUGGACUUUAUUGUUAUGUUGCAGCUGAGGAACAACAGACUGAAAAAAAACAGGAUAAUCUGACCACAGCAAGCACAAUCCAGAUAGCGAGGAGGAAUAAAGCAGGAUAGACAGACAAAAGACUGUUGUUACUGCAUAGGAAAGCCACUAUAAAACGCUGAAAAAUGCUGUCUAAUCCUCAGUAACUCGCUGUAAGUUUUCCCUGCUUUUUGCAGUUGUGUGGCCAAGCCUGCAGCUCAGUUCUGGACUGGGAGCUGCCUCUCUCUCUCUCUCUCUCUCUCUCUCUCUCUCUCUCUCUCUCUCUCUCUCUCUCUCUCUCGUCUCUGGAGGAUGGGAUUACCCAGGGGGAUUCCUAACAGAUCCCAAACAAGUGUGAAAAGCCUAUCAGAGACCUGUAAAAACUGUAGGCCGCACGGCUCCACACAGACAAAGUGCUGCUGUCCACUCUUUUUCUCCCUCUUUGACCUUUACACUCUCCUUCCUUGCCCCCCCCCCACCCCCCGCCGAUCUUUCACCUUCUCCUUCCUGACUCUCAAAUCUGCUCCUGUGCACACCUUAACCAGUCCAAUAAAGGUUGUAGGUUCAGAUUAAUCAAAGUA